GGUGCGAACUGCUGGGCGCUGCUGCGUGGCAUGGAUCGGGAGCUCCGCGGUCCCUGAAGCUGAUCCGCGGACGGAGCCAUGAAGACCAUCAUCGCUGCCUACUCUGGAGCCCUGCGAGGGAGGGGCUCCAGUAUCCUGUCGGCUCUUCAGGAUCUAUCCUGGGUCUCAAAGUCCAAAGUCGAGAAACAACUGCAGAUUAUAUCGGUGCUGCAAUGGGUCCUUACUUUCCUCGCCAUGGGUGUCACUUGCACAAUCGUUCUCAUGUACAUCCUUUGUACUGACUGCUGGGUGAUCGCCGCUGCGUAUUUCGCCUGGCUCGUGUUUGACUGGAACACUCCCACGAAAGGUGGAAGAAGAUCCCAGUGGGUCAGAAACUGGGCCAUGUGGCGGUAUUUCCGGGACUACUUUCCGAUACGACUUUUUAAAACCCACAAUUUAUUGACCAACCGGAAUUACAUUUUGGGCUACCACCCUCACGGGAUCCUUGGACUUGGUGCCUUCUGCAACUUCGGCACAGAAGCCACGGGCGUGGGCCAGAAGUUCCCGGGAAUCAGGCUGCACCUUGCAACGCUAGCUGGGAACUUCCGAUUUCCCAUUUUGAGGGACUACUUAAUGUCUGGGGGUAUCUGCCCCGUGAACCGUGACAGCAUAGACUACAUCCUUUCGAAGAAGGGCAACGGGAAUGCCGUUGUGAUUGUGGUGGGAGGUGCUGCGGAGUCCCUGAACUGCAUCCCCGGCAAAAACUCGGUGACGCUGAAAAACCGGAAAGGUUUUGUCAAGCUGGCCAUACGACAUGGUGCGGAUCUUGUUCCCGUGUAUUCAUUUGGCGAGAACGAGGUUUACAAGCAGGUGGUCUUCGAGGAAGGCUCGUGGGGGAAAUGGGUUCAGAAGAAGUUCCAGAAGUACAUUGGCUUUGCUCCCUGCCUCUUCCACGGGCGAGGCCUCUUCUCCAGUAACGCUUGGGGGUUGGUGCCCUAUAGCAAGCCCAUCAACACCGUAGUUGGGGAGCCGAUCACUAUUCCCAAAAUUGCAAACCCAAGCCAGAAGGAAGUAGACCUUUAUCACAGCCUCUAUGUGAACUCCCUGACGAAACUCUUUGACAAGCACAAGACGAAAUUCGGCCUGCCGGAGACAGAGGCCUUGGAAAUCAAUUGACAGCAAGAGGGACUCGCGCUUUAGUUGCCUUGCAUGGGUGGGGCCGCAGCUUGCUCAUCACAAAUCCGCAUCCGAGACUCUUUCCUGCUGGAGUCGGUGGUUCGGCUCCUAAACUGUGAAUUGGGGAAAGAGCGUUGAUGCGUUCGUGAGCUUUAGAAGGAUUAAAAGAAAACAAAGCUGUCGGAAUCCUCAAAUGUCAGACUUCUCUUGUAACGUUCUUUCUCGCUGACAGACACAUCCUGUUCCACCGCCCUAUAGUUUCCCAUCGAACUCCAAAGAGAAAAUGUUUGCGUUUGGAAUCUGCUCUGUAAAAUCCAUAUUGCCGUUCUUGGGCAGCGAACGAGGCGUCUGAGCAAAAAGCACAACGGGAAGGUCAACAACCUGCCCCCCCUCCAGCCAAUUCAAAGCACUUAUUUCGAAUUGAUGCUGGCCAUAAUCUGAUACUCUCAAUACGGUUGGCCUGGGGUGUUAUGCUGCCCCCAAGUGGUGGCACUACAUCAUGCAAGAGGAUGGAGCUCCGGACUGCUUCAUUGGCGCCUGGCUUGUACAGUAUAAUGGGAAACGUGGUAAAACACGUUCUUGGAAUGCAGAAAGCCCCCAGUUCAAUCUUUUCAGUUACAGUCCCUCAGUGGAACAGGCUUCCUCGGGAGGUGGUGGGCUCUCCUUCUUCAGAGGUUCUCAAGCAGAGGCUGAAUGGCCAUCUGACAGCGAUGCUGAUUCUGUGAACCUGGGCAGAUCAUGAGAGGGAGGGCAGGAGGGGUUACGUCAGUGCUUACUUCUUGUGUUCCCUUCUUACAUGUCUUGGGUAAGUCCAAGCGCCACUUUGGGGACAGAUAGCAAUUUUGCCCAGGCCGGUUCGUCUAGGGAUUCUGACGGUGUUUUGCAAUCUUCUGGGCAUGGAGAAGGGGUCACUGGAUGUGUGUGGGGUGGAGGUAGUUGUGAAUUUCCUGCAUUGUGUGGGGGUUGGACUAGAUGACCUUUUGGUAACCUUCUAACUCUAUGGUUCUAUGAUCUAGUAGUAGGUGAUGUGGAAAAGCUCCUCUCCAGUCCCUGGAGAGCCCCUGCCAGUCGGUCUAGAUAGGACUGACCCUGCGAGACCAAAGGCCAGUUUCAGUGUAACGCAGUCUCUUGAUCUUCCACAGGCCAUUGCUUGGACUGCCCUCCUGGUCUCGCUUUUUGUGUUGUGGGGAAGGGGCAGAUGAGACCGUCCUGCUUACUGUAGCAUCUCAGACCCCAUCUUCGAUAUGGCGAUAAGGCAUUUGGCUGGCUUUGUAGCAGUUGAUGGAUUACAUCUUCUGUGGGUGCUCACCGGAAAAGGAAAAGGAAAGUGGUCAAAUUAGCAUCCAGGAGCAGAGGGGAGAAAAGGAGAGACUGGUGAGGAGGGCCUGGCCAGCAGUCCUUUCUCACUUGUCCCCAGCCACAGGAAGUCAUAACAUGGAGCCAAGCUACAAGUGAUGAAUGACACUUGCCAGGCAAGGGAACAGACU